GGAACUGAUCCUGAGAUACCAAUUUUAAUUGGUAAAAAAGUGUCAUUUCGCUUUCAAAGUUGACAAUGACGUAGAGUGUAAACACAAGAGACUUAUCAAGGAGAAAGCAGACAACUGAACAACGAAAUCGUGGAUGAUGACAAGAGUUAUCAAAGCGUUCCUGAAUUGUAUUGGAAUAAUUUUUGUUUUUGCUUUUAAAACCGCUGAAACCGAUUGUCCUACUUCAGAAUGGUGGACACAGCUUACAAACCAUGUCAUGGACACUUUGACUAUCGGCGAUAUUGAUAACUGCUACAGGACCUGUGCUGCAAAGCCAGGCUGUCACAGCAUUAACUACUACARAGACAAAUCUCUCUGUGAGUUAAACAGCAGGACGAUCGAAAACACGCCCGAUAUGAGAGUCRCAAACGAAGACUCRGUGUACUUCACGAUUCCAGUCGAUGAUUUUACCGAGUGGAGCAACUGGACAUCAUGUUCUCUAUCAUGUGGCAAUGGAACACGACAUCGAAACCGUUCUUGCACCAACCCAACACCUGCUCAAGGUGGAAAAAAUUGUAUUGGGCCUUACAGCGAAACACAAAACUGCCACACACAGCCAUGUCCCGUUCAAUGUGACAAACAAGCUGCCAUCGGAAUACAGAACAAGACUGUUGUUUCUGAUUACUACAUCACGGCGAGCAACAACACAAUGGAUGCUAAUAAGGCAAGACUGAACGGUCCUGAAGGUUGGUACUUAAACUGUACCGGCAAACCGUGUACUGGGAAAUCGUGGUUGCAAAUCAAUGUGGGAAAGAUUGCCAAGAUURCUGUUAUUGCCACUCAAGGAGCUUAUGUCAACAACUCGCGGCUUACUGGCUUCUAUUGGACAGARARGUACAGUCUSAACUAUAGCAAUGAUGGACGUACAUUCACAAGUUACARUAACGGCCAGGUCUUCAUAGCAAACACAGACUGGAAUACAAUUGUUUACAACGUACUUACACCAGCCAUUACAGCAAGAUAUGUGCAAAUUUACCCAASAAAGGAAUAUUACUCGUCUGGCUACCUGGCCUUGAGGAUGGAGCUUUACGAAUGUAAAGGAGAUGAAGGGGUGUGCUCGUAUGCACUUGGGAUGGAAAGUAGAAUCAUUAAAGACAAACACAUUACAGCUUCAACUACAUACUCAAAGUAUUYACCAUCAUGGGGAAGACUGAACUCUGGAAACGGGGGAUGGUGGGCUGUUGGUGGCGACARAAACCCAUGGCUUCAGAUCGAUUUGCUUGAGAUAAAAAUGAUUAACGGMAUUGCCACACAGGGAAACUGGAACCACUUUGCGAAAGAAUACCAUCUUGAAUACAGAAAUGCCACUAAAAAUGACCUCAUUAAGUACACAACGAACAAAGUGAAAGUAUUCCAAGCAAAUUCUGACGGUUCCAGCAUUGUCUACAAUGCCAUUGAUCCUCCAAUAAUCGCCCAGAUAGUUCGUAUUGUACCAAAGUAUGAAGAUCAUAUGACUAUGAGGGCUGAGCUAUAUGGAUGUCCAUAUAUGGGAUCCUAUGAUGGAUCAAAGUAGCACGUGAUCAAAACUGUGAAUACAGUCGAUGUCAGCAUCGCGCAUGCUCGUAUCACGAAAUUACCAGAUUAAAGCAACCAGACAUUAAGAACGUGGAUGAGCGUCUUUUAAUCUCCUUGGUCAUCUUUGACUAGGUCUACAAUUAACUGAACUUUGAGCUGGACAUUACAUCAUUCUUGUAUACAUUAUAUUUCUCUAAAGUUGUAAGGUUCUGGAAAACACGACUACUUCUGAAAACACUUAAUGACAAUUACUUUUUUGGAGAUUCCUCGAUCCAUGUGCAAAACACUUCGAUAAGUAUACUUUAAGCAUCAGUGGACUAAAAAAUUUUAAAUUAGGCAGACAUGCAUGGUACGUUGCUACUCUAAAUCUGUAUCUGUUGUUUACAUAACAUUUUAGGUCGAACUUAUUUGAAUCUCACGGAAUUUUCCAUAUUUUUAAUAGGCGCUUUUAGAGCGUUGAGUCGGGCUAGCUACUUUUGAAAAUUGAGAAAAACAGGAUAUUACAUGGUAGUGUAGUUGCGCUGAUACGCGAACGAGUGAAAGAUUUCAACACAAGAAGAUUCUUAUUUCCAAGCAAAUGUGUAACUGAUUCUGUCUUGAUAUGGUUAUUGUAUGAAAGUAAAUUGUGACGUAGAAUAACUUUUUUUCUUCUAAUAAUGUGGUAGCAAGAAUGCAUUACCACUUUUUAGUAAUGAAUUAAUGUACUGUUCAAAAUUCUAAAUGUUUGUUCACGCAGCGCCAGAUAUUCUUUUCUGAUGACUUGGCGCAACGACGUCAAAAACACUAGAAAUAUCGAACCAGGAGUAUUUCUGUCUGGCUAGCCUGACUUCACGCUCUAAGAGAGUCUAGUUCUAGAAGGCACAAAUCUAAAUGCAACUCCAGAAUUCAAGAGUGAGAGUUCAUUAGAACAAUUCGUCCGCAUCAAUAAACCACUGGGUUAAUCUAAAUAUAAUGCUCUAGGAAAUGUGGUUCAUUCUGUAUUUUGAACAUCAUUCUUUAGUUGAAAGAGUUGUUUUUCAUAUCAAUUGGCAAAUUUAACAAUAUUUAAUACAAGCAAUAAAUUUUAAAUGUAGUAAAUCCCAUGAAAAAUUGUUGUUUGAUAAAAAAGGCGAACGGCGAUGAUUUCAUUACCGAAAGUAGCCAUGGGGUUUGCUUAUGUAAGGGGAAUAACAGCUUUAUACAGUAAGAUAGUCUGUGGUAAAAAUUUGGCUCCAUUUAGUCCCCAUGUUCUAUGCAAGGUGAGUCCAAUUAACAAUGCAAAGCGUAACCAUAAUCAUCCCUUUCAACAAAACGCUACUUGUAUAUGGCACUAGCAUGAUAGAGAGUUUUUACUGCAAACGUCAAAUUGGCAAGUUUAUGUUUUAUCUCGAAAUUUCAAACAAACGUCAAAACGCUUCGACAGGAAUAGUGAUACACUUAUGUACGAAAGAAGAGAUCCAGUCUAUUUUAUACACAAUCGCGAAAGAACAGAGCGUUAACACAGAAAAACAGUGAUCAAGUGAUCAAUUUUGACGUUUGGCUUCGUCGUUAACACAUAUCUACCCUGGGAACCAGAAGCUGGAUUUACUCGUUCUUGUAGUUUAUAUACUGCGCGAAGCGCCGUCCUUGAGGCCGAAUAUAAACUACAAGAACGAGUAAAUCCAGCCUCUGGUUCCCAGGGUAACACAUAUCUAAAACUCACCAAUAAUUAUUAUAUAUUGAUAAUGUCUUCGCAUCGAGACGUUUGCGGUGUAUUCAGUCUCAUCACUGAAUGAUCAUAUAGAAAUAAAGAAAAGGUCAUUCCGGGAGAAAAACACUUCAAUCAAAAUAAAUUCAGAAAAACA